GUCAACGUGCCCCCCUGUCAAAAACUUAACCUUCAAUCCUAAUUAUUUUUAAAUUAUACAAAUAAACAUUUAACAAUUAAAUUAAUAUCUGCUCGUUAUCGACGGUUUAAAUACUAUUAGCGAUACGCACCAUGGUCGACUGUGAAAAAGCUGAAACAAUUAAUUUGCAAAAAGAGUUCGAAUGGGUCCUGAACCAGGAGAUCCACAAGGGACUGGACCAGAUCCAUCAAAUUCUUGUGGAAUGCGCUAGGAGAUUUCCAGUUCAGUUAUAUGGACAUGACAAUUCGAGUAAACAGGAUAAAUUUGUCUUGUCUGUGGCAGCAGAUCAGUUGAAAUGUGUGGUGACAUUGACUGGGGACAGUAUUACUCAUGCUGACAUAAAUUUUAAAGUGACAAGGCAAAACUCGGCUACAAUAGUGAGGACCACUAUACAAACUGAAUAUCCGUGGAAGUUGCAGCAAGUGCAAGAUGCUGCCAACCAUUUACAGCAGGCCAUUUAUCAUAUCGAUGAUGUGGGAAAGAAUUACAAGUUUAAGUCUUCAGAUGAAGUUUUACACAUAUUGGGAAACAUUUUGGGUAGUCUCCAGCGGGGCAGGACAAGCCUAAUAGUGCCCAGAAAGAAAACUAUGGAUGACUUAAUUAAGAGUCGCAAUAUGAAAUCUCUAUCGCCGAACUUAUCAGAAGAUUUAGCCAUAAGCUUCUACAUACAAAGUCACAAACUGAUAUUCGCUAUUUACCAAUUGGUACAUAGUCACGGAGAAAUGAAAUAUGAGUCUACACAUGCCGAAUGUUCUGUACCAUGGUUAAACGAGGUACUUCUGCUGUUUACUGUAGGGCUACAGUUGUGCCAACAGCUAAAAGACAAGAUCUGUGUCUUUUCUCAGUAUAAAGAUUUCACUGUGGGAUCCAGACCGCCUAGUCCCUUAUAAAAAUCUCAUUUUAGGGUUAUUAGUUGUUGUUCCGAGACUCAUUGUCCUAAAUAUGAUAUUGUGGAUUGUUUUUUUGAUCAAUUGUUGUUGCCUCUCGUUUAAGGUUUAUGUAGUAGUUAUUUUUUAACUAAAAAUUGUUUUAUUUAUUGAGUAUUUAUUUUACUACUUAAAUCUAACUCCUUUUCAAGAUUUAGACAGAAACUAUCCGAAUAUAUAAAUUAUAUAAUGAAAAUUGUCAAUAUAUGGUGUGUCUUUAAAAAAAUUGUAUUUGCCUCAUAUAGAAACUAUCGUAAAUGUUUUUAUUUUAUUAUUAUAGGACAAUUUAUUAGAAAUAUAUUGUUCGAGCAAUAAAAGUCUAAAGUGAU